AACCCUACUUUAUCUGUGAUUUCAACGACCUACAAAUCGGAAAAGGUCGAUCCUACGGUUUAACAAAAACCGUCCAGAUCAUCAGGACGGCAUAGAUUUAGCUUCAUCCAGAAUCAAACAUGUUGCGAACGAUUGUAUUACGAAACCAGUUACUAAACAAUAGUUUAAAUAAAGUGGUCAGGAGCAAUAUCACGAGAUGUGUAAGCACCGAGUUGGCCCGUCGAAAGCACCCUAGCAAAUUACUCUCAACGUCACACGUCAAGCGAGUGCUCGCCUCCCCACAAUGGACCCCACAGCUGAGGCACUACUCCGACCUGCCCUCGCACUCGAAGGUGAACCUCCCGGCGCUGUCGCCCACCAUGGAAAGCGGCUCCAUCGUCAGCUGGGAGAAGAAGGAGGGGGAUAAGCUCAGUGAAGGCGACCUGCUCUGCGAAAUCGAAACAGACAAGGCGACCAUGGGCUUUGAGACCCCCGAAGAAGGCUACCUGGCCAAGAUCCUGAUCCCGGCCGGCACCAAGGGCGUGGCCGUCGGCAAGCUGGUCUGCAUCAUUGUGGAGAACCAGGCUGACGUUGCUGCCUUCAAGGACUUUAAGGAUGACUCCACUGGAGCUCCUGCGAAGCGCCCAGCCCAAAAAGCCCCGGCAGCUGCCGCCCCGGCCGCGCCCGGCGCCCCUGCCCCCGCAGCCGCCCCCGCGGCCCCCACGGCCGCCCGUGCCCCCCUCGCCGCCCCCGCCCCCGCCGCCGCCCCGCCCGGAGGUAGGGUGUACGCGAGCCCCAUGGCCCGGAGACUGGCCGAGAUUAGGAACAUCCGACUGGGAGGUACGGGCUCCGGCCUGUACGGCUCCCUGAAGAGCGGCGACCUCUCCGCCGCCGCCGCGCCCCCCGCCCCCUUCUCCGUGCCCGCCCCCGCGCCCGGCGCCACCUUCGUCGACAUCCCCCUGUCCGGCAUGAGGGAAACCAUUGCCAAGAGACUGAGCGCGGCGAAACAGCAGAUACCUCAUUACCAGCUCGUUGCUACGGUUAAUGUUGAGAAGACAUUGGAGAUGCGAGAGAAGAUCAAUGUUAGAUUAGCUAAAGAAAGCCCCGGUGUUAAGGUGUCCGUGAACGAUUUCAUCAUCAAAGCCGUGGCGGCGGCGUGCAAGCGCGUGCCCACCGUCAACUCGCACUGGAUGGAGACCUCUAUCAGACAAUUCUCGAACGUGGACGUGAGUGUAGCAGUAGCCACGCCCACCGGCCUAAUUACGCCCAUCAUCUUCAACUCGGACUCGCGCGGUGUCAUCGACAUCUCCAACACCAUGAAGGAGCUCGCACAGAAGGCCAAGGACGGCAAGCUGCAGCCCCAGGAGUACCAGGGAGGCACUGUGACUGUCUCCAACCUUGGAAUGUAUGGCAUCACAAUGUUCAACGCGAUCAUCAACCCGCCGCAGUCGCUGAUCCUGGCGUGCGGAGGCGUGCAGGAGCUGGUUAUUCCCGAUGAGAAGGCCGAGAAAGGAUUCAGAUUAGCCAAAUUCGUGUCGUUCACGGCGUCCGCCGACCACAGGGUGAUCGACGGCGCGGUCGGAGCCGAGUGGAUGAGGGUGUUCAAACAGAACAUGGAGGACCCCGCCAACAUCAUCCUGUGAACACCCUGUACCCUGACACGCCCCAUUUGUCCGCUGGACCGAUAAGCUCGCUGCACUGAACCAGUCAAAUUUGAUCGACAGGGAACGGUUUGCUUUUAAAUCGGUAGCGAGAUACAUGCGACCGUUCUGAUGAUAAAAUUUUGUUGGGAUUCAAGUACUUACAGACUUUUGGGCGUUAGGUUAUGCCAAUAAGUGUUACGUUUACCCUACGCCCCCAAAUAGCCCUAUCAAAUGAGCACAUGCACGACUUUGUGUGAUUCGAAAAAAAAUACAGUCGUGUGAAUGUUUAUACAUAUUAGCAUUUAUUGAUAUUCAUGGGUAUGUCGUUCGCUCGCUUGAGAUUGUACAUAUAGCGUUAUCAACAUAUCAUUGUUUUUUUUUUCAUCAUUGUUUAUUUUUGUUUUUUUAAUCAGUGUUUUUACGAGCUUUUAUCAGAAGGUCCAUUGUAUAAAUCGCGGGUUAGAACUAGUAACCUCAUAUCCUUCGUUACCGUCGUCAUAUACAUAUAUAUUUUUUAUUCAUUAUUGAAUAGAAUCGAGGCUGUAUUUCAGCGUUGACCUUACACAUUUUUGUAUUGAUAUUGUUGAAUACAUUUUUGUAUACAUAUAAGCACACAACAUCGAAGGAUGUGCGUUAUUUAAGGGCUUAUUUAUUUAGUGUAAAUGAAAGAAUGAUUACGUACAAUUCAAUAGUAAGAGAAACUGCUCCGAGAUUUUUUAUGGGUAUUAUUUCAAUAAAUUUAGAAUGCAUAUGCAUUAUAUAAUUCCGAAUUAUAUAAUUCGAAUGUAUUUUGGAGUACAGAUCUUUAUUUAUUUACUACUAGUGCCAGUUUGGGGACUGAAGUGAGCUUGGCAGAGUAGCUGGUGUACAUAUUGAACAAAUGCCGCACGCGUAGUAACAUAAAGGCCAAUUCGUAGUUUUUCAACUUUCAACCCUACACCUUACAUAAAACGGUCGAAUUUGUAAAGAUUUUUAGAUUGCUGAUUUUCUACAAUAUUGAUUCCGAUAGGCUAUUUUUAAUUGUGAACUUUAUUUGUAUUCAUUUAGGAUUGAAUUUAUAACAGAUUGGGUCUUUGUAUUAUUGGGCGUGCGUUGUGACUCUCCGCAAGAUAUUGUUUUGUUAUCAUGCGUCGAGUUUUGAUGCCGAUAGAUGAUUUUAUGAAUGUUAGUAAAUAUAUUUUAUUUAUAAAUAAA